CCCAGUGCUUCGUUCCUUGGCCCGACUGAAGCCUACUAUGACCUUGGAGGAGGGACUGCCGAGGGCUCUGCAGGAAUGGGAGCGGACCAGCAACUUUGACCGGAUGAUCUUUUAUGAGAUGGCAGAGAAGUUCAUGGAGUUUGAGGCUGAGGAGGAAACACAGAUACAGAACACACAGUUGAUGAAUGGGUCCCCCGGUCUGUCCCCUAUAGCCCCUUUGAAACUUGAUCCUCCAGGGUCCAUGGUCCCUGAGGCUUGCCAGCAGCCAGUGUAUAUUCCGAAGAAGGCAGCCUCUAAGACUCGGGCUCCCCGUCGGCGGCAGCGCAAACCCCAAAGGCCUCCAGUUCCUGAGGCACCCAAAGAGAUCCCACCUGAAGCUGUGCAAGAAUAUAUUGACAUCAUGGAAGGGCUGAUGGGGAGCCAUGUGGACACUGGGAAGACAGAAGAGGAAGAGGGGCAACAGGAGGAUGUAGGGAUGUAUCCAGAUCCAAGUCUUCUGAGCUACAUUGAUGAACUAUGUUCUCAGGAAGUCUUUGUCUCCAAGGUGGAGGCGGUCAUUCACCCUCAAUUUCUGGCAGACCUGCUGUCCCCAGAAGAGCAGAGAGAUCCUUUGGCUUUAAUUGAAGAGCUAGAACAAGAAGAAAGACUUACUCUUGCCCAGCUGGUCCAGAAACGACUCUUGGCCUUGGAGGAGGAAGAUGCACAGACACCUCCAAGUUGCAGUGGAGCUCAGUCAGACUCAAGUCCUUCUGUUUCUGAUGAAGAUGAAGAUGGGGGUCAAAGGCAUCGGCCCUCACCUGGGCUUCAGGGGGCUGCGGGCAUUGUUCGCAUUGGAAAAUCUGCUUUUCCAGGCAAGCAGGCAAGAGAAAUGCAUGGUGGGCAGGAACAAACACUAGGUGGUUCAAGGGGGAUUCACAAGGAUGGAAAUAGUCUGCCAUCCCCUAGCAGCUGGGACCUGCAGCUAGAACUCACAGCUUCACAGGGAAUGCCAGUACCCUUGGAUAUGGAGAGAAAAGGGUCUGGGAAGGCUAUAAAACAGCUAUCUGCCACUCAUGAUGGCCACCUGGGAGGUACUGAGUCCUCUGGGCACUACCCAGUAGCAGAUAGGAAUCCAGAGGUUUUACCUUUUUGUUGGCAAGAAGAUCCCCAACACAUGAGAGCCUCCAGUUUAGAUGUUGGACAUAUAGAGCCAGUUCCUCUGCAAGGACUUGUGUUAGAGAAACAGGCCUUGGUGUUGCAGAUAGGAGAGCAGAUUGGACAGCAGAUCGGGGGAGUUGGGAUGCUUACUCAAGGAAGAGAACAACCUUCAGUGGUUUCCCAGAAGGGCUCUUCAAGAGUCAUUUGGGGAGAUGACAGAGGUCCUGAUGUGGUUCAGAGUUACAGUCAGAAGCAUUCCCCUGGAGCUGGCAACCUAGACAGGGUUUCUCUCAGCCCAGGACUGUGGCUGAGCAGUGACAUGGAUCCUGUAGGUUUAGAGUUUCCCUUACAAAUCGAAAAUGUCAUAGAUAGCAUCCAAGAUAAGGCAUGUAGAAGAGAGGACCAGGCACUGAGUUCUAAAAACAGUACUUCUCCAGGUCCUAGAAAAAACACAGUGCCCAAGGAUGCGGGGAACAUUGUGAUUCCCUGUGGAGGCACAGAUAAAACAGCCGUCCCAGAAAAGAGAAACUCCUGCAGCUUGCCAGGGUCUUUGAGAGCCAGUGGUACAGGUUUGAGGUCCAAAGAAAAGCAAGAGCUGAGCCCUGAAACUAUACAGAAUCCUAGUGAUCUGUGGGCUGAAGCUUGCCCCCCACUGCUGCAAACACUUGACUCUUCCACACUGGGGUCUUCCAAAGACACCCUGAUACCCACAUGCCAAGGCAAUCUCCUUAUUAUUGGGACCCAAGAUACCUCCUCUUUCCCCCAGGCUAGCCAAAAGGCAGAGAGCAGAGGUAAUCUUUUUCCUCCUAUGCUGGAAAACAUAGAACAGGUCAACAUACUAGAAGUUAGAAAUGACAGUGGCCCCCAACCAGGGGUCAGCAAGGAUUCCUGCUCAUCAAGUUUUAAUUCUUAUAACCUCCAAGGAGAGGGCAGGGAAGACACAGUUUCCUCCAAACCCACUGACCUUGUUCCUUUACAAGGUAAUCAAGAAUCUUAUACACAUCAGACAACCAAAUCGACAUCUGGCCAGGGUCAGGGACGUACUUCCCCAAGGUGGGGAACCAGGGAUGCUUGUAUUCUGAGAGAAAUCCCUAUUAGAGAAACAUCAGCAGAUACAGCCAAAGGAAGUGAGGCAGAGAAGGAGGAGGAAGACAAAGAGCUCUCCAACUUCACCUACCUUUUGGCUUCAAAACUUAGCCUCUGCACAGGAGGGCUUCCCCUUAGUACUCGACAAGCCUCGGGAGGCCAGGGAAUUGUGAAAACAUCCUCAGGAGGUCAGGGAAUUGUGAAAACAUCCUGCCACUCUGCUGAAGUAGAUGACCACAGCCAGCCUUCACCCCCUCCCAAGUCUGGGAAGCAAGCCCUAGUUGGGAGUCCAGCUACUGUUGUAGAGAGACCCCAGCAAGGAGGUCAGUUUAGUAGUUCUGGGCAGAAACCCCUUGCUCUGGGUAUGUCACAGCUCCCACAGCCUCGUAAAAGACGACGUGACAGUUUUGUCACCAGCAAAAGAAAGAAACGACGUCGUAGCCAGUAG